GAAAGAGGAAGGAAGUGUUUAAUAUCCACACACAAUUAAAAGUUGGAUAGGGACUGACUGGGACGUGGGUUACAGCUCCUUCACACAAUUUGAGAGAGACACAGAGAAAAACAAAGGCCCACAGUGGGUUGAGAGUGAGUCAGUAUAGUUGAACUGAGCUGAAGAAGAAGAAGAAUGAAGGUGAUAUUGACGGUUCUGGGUUAUGUUUGCUGUGUUGUUGGGGUGGUUUUGAGUGGAUCUGAGCUGGGUUCUUUUGAGGACUUUACUGCGAUAGAAAAGCAGAAAGAGGGUCUGCUUUCUUUGGUGGAGAAUGAUAGAGCAGCUUCACCUGUCUCCUCAAAACCUCUCAUGGUUCCCCUCACCCUUAUUCAAGGAGCUGCUUCUACAGGAGCUGUCUGCUUGGAUGGGACGCUGCCUGGUUACCAUCUGCAUCGUGGUUAUGAAUCUGGUGCAAACAGCUGGCUCAUUCAAUUAGAGGGAGGGGGUUGGUGUAAUACAAUAAGAAACUGUGUUUACCGCAAAACUACUCGACGUGGUUCAUCAAAAUAUAUGGAAAAAGAAUUACCAUUCACAGGAAUAUUGAGCAAUAAACCUGAAGAAAGCCCUGAUUUUUUUAACUGGAACAGAGUAAAGAUCCGUUACUGUGAUGGUGCAUCUUUCAGUGGGGAUGGCGGGAAUGAGGCUGCAAAACUAGUAUUUCGAGGACAACGGAUUUGGUUAGCUGCUAUGGAAGAAUUGAUGUCCAAAGGAAUGCAGAAAGCUAGCCAGGCUCUUCUUUCUGGAUGCUCUGCUGGGGGACUAGCAUCUAUAAUACAUUGUGAUGAGUUUCGGGACCUAUUUCCAAAAACUACCAAAGUGAAAUGUCUAAGUGAUGCUGGACUUUUCCUUGAUGCAAUUGACGUAUCUGGUGGGCACACUCUAAGGAAUUUGUUUGAAGGUGUUGUUACCUUACAGGGAGUACAAAAGAAUCUGCCAAAGAGUUGUACCAACAACAAGGAUCCAACUUCGUGCUUCUUCCCUCAGAAUUUGAUUGCAAAUGUCAAGACACCAUUGUUUCUUCUCAAUGCAGCUUAUGAUGCGUGGCAGCUCCAAGCUAGCCUAGCUCCACGAUCAGCUGAUCCUCAUGGCUCUUGGGAUGACUGCAAAUCAAACCAUGCACGGUGUAAUUCAUCACAGAUCCAGUUUCUUCAAGACUUUAGAAAUCAAAUGCUCAGUGCCGUUAGAGACUUCUCAAGGUCCAGUCAAAAUGGAUUAUUCUUAAAUUCCUGUUUUGCUCAUUGCCAAUCUGAGAGACAGGACACGUGGUUUGCUGCUGAUUCUCCCCUAGUUAAAAACAAGGGGGUUGCAGAGUCAGUUGGAGACUGGUAUUUUGAUCGGGUACAGGUAAAAGCUAUUGACUGUGCCUACCCCUGUGACAAUACCUGUCACAAUCUAGUUUUCAAGUGAGUGCAAAAUUAUUCAAUGUCACCUCAUGUGGCUUUCUUAUUUGUCAUGCUCCUAUUGCCAAUUGUGAAUAAAUGUAACAUUCAUUUGUCAAAGUGACAAAUUCAUGCUUACUGAGGAGUGCAAACUAUAAUAGCUAGCAAAUUCUUACUCAUGGAUUUUGGCCAUGAUAUUUAUAAAUGAGAUUCUAUUGUCUCA